AUGGCGAAGUCGUUGAAAUCAACAGUAUUAUUGAUUUCACUGUGCGAGCACAGCAAGAAGAAUACCAUACAAAGCUUCUUGAAAGGAAUUGGAGAUCUUUAUAAUAUAGGUUUUCAGCCACAGAUUGCAAGUUUAUAUCCGCCAGUGCAAUUUCCAGUUAGUCGCGGGACACCAAUGAUAUCUCCUCUUGUUAGAUGGGAUCAUUCUGAGGAUUACUUUUUCUACCGCUAUUCAGGUUACGACAAAAUUUUCAGCAGAGAAAGAAUUGUCACUAUUUCAAUCGCUAUCAAAGAGUUCGAAUACUUGUCUGGUCAUAUAACUGAUGGAAAAAACUUGCUACCGGUGAUAGUUUAUCUUCUUUUAAUUUGGCAAAUGAUUGGCAGUAAUAACUUCGAGAUUAUAGAAGGUGACAAGUCAGUGGACGACAUUGCGUGUGAAAAACUACCUGUUCAAUUUUUAUCCAAUAGUGACGAAGAUAAUGAGUACAUGAACACAGAAGAUAUUUAUAAGGAGCUACGACUCCGUGGUUAUCAGUAUACUGGUUUAUUUCAUUUGUUGAAGAGCGCUUCUAUUACUGGUAAAUCAGGGCAUAUCAGGUGGCCUAUAAAUUAUACAGCAUUCAUGGGCAAUAUGCUACAGAUGAAAAUCCUAUCAUUUAAUUCAAAAAAUCAUUACGCCUUCUUAUCUCAUUAUAAAUCUGUGGAUUUUGUUACAGAUCUGCCUGUACACAUCUAUGAUUGUUUAGACGCUAUAGUAUCCGGAGGAAUAGAAAUUUGUGGGAUUAAAGCUACAGCCAUAUCUCGUCGACUGACCAAAAUACAAACCAUUUAUGAAGAAUACAGUUUUAUUCCUUAUCGAGAUAACGCUAUGAUGUCUUUGAAAGAUGUGGUGAGAAUGUCGGUGCAUAUAGCGCUUGAAUGUUACGAAAUGAUAAAUAUUAGAGUGAUUGAGUUCAUCGAGGACAGCGACAUAGUCCUGCUGGACGAUCUCUUUACCCCGAUUGUCCAAGAAGUUCUAAACAACUUGCCGCUCGUACGAUCUAAUCUCACCAACUCACUCACUCAAAAUAACACACCAACUCACACAUAAUCUUUUGUAAUAGCGCUGAUUCAUGAAUUGUGACUUUAGAUUCUGGUUAAUACCACACAUACCGUAUUCACUCUAUUUUAUUUCAUGCGUUUAUUAUUUAAUUCCUCAAGAAAUGGGUGGUAAAUAAAAGAUCCGUAUCGAAUGUCGAGGUCAGUGUUAUGGAAACUUGGGACGUGGACUCCUUCCACCCCCUCCCCUAAUCCUAAAUGAAUAUUUUGAAUACUUCAAGACCCUCACCAGAAUCUUAUCGCAUUGUAAUAUCGCUGGUACAAAUGCAUUGAACUUAAAGGAGCACAUCUAUAUUAUAAAAUAUAGUCGAAAAAUCAUAUUUUCUUUGUUAAGCACAUGAAUUUUUUGUUCAAAACUCGUAUAUGCAGGAUGUCUUUCUUUUUGCAAGAAACUUUCUGAGUAGAAACUAUAUCUUUUCAGUGAUUCCACACAAAAGUAAAAUACUAAACGAUAAAAUAUGGAAAGAUAGAAACAACAAUGCCUUCAGUUAAAAUUAUUAUAAAGACAAUUAAAAUAUCCAAAAAAUUAGGACAGUUCGUACGAACAUUAUCUGUAGAUGUAGUUCCAGAUCUUAAGCAUAGCGAAUUCUAUCCAUCUGCGUUUUGAAUUUUCUUAACCCUUAGCUGACACACAGGGUUAAAAGUACCCCAGUGUUUUUGAACGCAAAUUUUU